UUCCCCGGGCAGACAUCAGUGUUGACGGACGCUGAAGCGACGAGGAGCCGCCUGUCAUCCAGCACCGCAGAGCUGUUAUCCCUUUCUGAUCCGGAGAUAAAGCCGCCCGGAGGGAGCCGUUCGAAAUGUGGAUGAGCACAUUUGCACGUUUUGCCCUUCCCGCCCUCCAGAGGAGCUCUGGCGCCGCCGCCCGCCGGGCUCUGAGGGCGUGUCGGGCACCGGCGCCGCCCCACUCGACUUCAGUGCAGCUCCGCGGGCAGCAGACCCUGGGCUCGGCCUCCCUCCCCCUGGGUCGCCACUCCGUCAGGCAGGUCCGAGCUCUGGACCAGGAGCGGAUGAUGGAGGUGGAGUGGGAGGACGGCGGCCACAGUCUGUAUCCCUUCACCUGGCUCAGAGACAACUGCCAGUGUCCUCGCUGCACUCUGCAGUCGGCUCAGGCCCGGCUGCUGCCGCUGACCGACCUGGACGUGCACACCGGAGUCGACGCCGCGGAGGUCACCCAUGACAACAAGGUUUCCAUCGUGUGGCCCGACCAGCACGUCAGCCUGUUCGAUGCAGAGUGGCUGAAGAAACGCUGCUUCUCCGCCGCCGCCAGACAAGCGAUGCAGGAGGAGCUUUUCCUCAACGGUGAGUCUGAGUUUGGAUUUUAUGUGAACAUUUCUAAGUCUGUAUUUUUCAGUGCUUUGCGGCCUGAAGGGCUGCUUUUUCUUUGGGCCCUGCACCGCCGUGACACGCGUUUCCUGUCUGUUGAAGAAAAGCUGAACUUUACAAGCGCUCCUGAAGGUGGGAUUUCUUAUUUUCUAACAGGGCUGCAUUCAGUUAUUCAGCGCAUGUCACAAAGUUCACGCCUUUCAGGAGCUUUUUAUUGUGACGAACUUAAAAAGCAGAAAGUGCCCAUAAAGUCACCGGAGCUGUUCUGA